CGGCGGCCGUGGAUCCGAGCUCGUGGUCGGAACCGUUGAAGCAGAUCACUUUCCUACCCCUUUUCCACCGUUUGAAUUUCCAUCUCCACCCGCGUUUCACAUUUUAGUGCCCAGUGGACCUGAUUCUCUCAGCUCAGUUCCGUUUUCUUGAUGGCAAUGCCUGCUGAUCUAAGGACCCCAUAGAUUGCCGGGACUGUAAUGGCUUGGAGAAGCCUUUAUCUAUGGAGAUGCAGUGAGACUGUGUUGGAAACUGCAGCAACUGGUUGUCGAUUCUACAGGACAAAACCUAAGGCUGUAGACUUGAGGAAGCUUAGGCCGAUGAUUUUGAAGAGGAUCGAGAACCGGGCAAAGGAUUAUCCGGUGAAGGGAAUGGUACCCGUGGCUGAGGAGGUCCUCAAGUUUCGAGCUCUGCUCUACCAUGGAGUAUCCACCCUCCUCCAACAUUUCCCUGUGUGGGCAUGCAAAUAUUGUCAGGAAGUGUAUGUUGGAGAAAGCGGACACUUAAUUCGAACCUGUGGUGGUUAUAGGCGCCGUUCAAAGAACCAGCUUCAUGUAUGGACCAAUGCAACUUUAGACAACAUCCUACUCCCUGUUCAAACUUUUCAUCUGCACAACAUGUUUCAAAACAUCAUCAAACACCACGAAAGAUUUGAUCAUGACAGAAUUCCCGCUGUUGUGGAGUUGUGUUUGCAGGCCGGUGCCAACUCAAACGAUGAAACCAUACACAAACUAAGCAUGGAAUUGGAAAGCUAUUUGAGAACCGAAACCUCAUUCAAGAAGAAACUGAUGUUGGCAGGGAUGGAGACACUGAAAGCUUGGGAAACGGUCAGAUCCGGAGUGGGGAAACUGCUUUUGGUUUAUCCUGCAAAGGUCUGCAAACACUGUUCAGAAGUUCAUGUGGGACCCUCUGGACAUAAGGCUCGGCUUUGUGGUGUAUUCAAGUAUGAGAGUUGGCGGCGAGGGCAUUUUUGGGAGAAGGCAAGCGUGGAUGACUUGCUCCCUCAGAAUGUAGUUUGGCACAGACGACCCCAAGACCCUCCAUUGCUAGUUGAUGAAGGUCGGAACUAUUAUGGUCAUGCUCCUGCAGUUAUCGAUCUAUGCACGAAGGCGGGGGCCAUCCAACCAUCUAAAUAUAACUGCAUGAUGAAAGUUGAUGGGUUAUCACCUCCCAUAGCAGCCACAACUUAGUGACAUUCAUCAUUUUCUGAGGAUUAUAAGGCCUUUGGAUUAUAAUAUUCCUGGUACAACACCAAUAAACAACAGAAUUCUCUCCAUGUCUGGUGAUUUUGCUAAGGUAUGUCCACAUCCCGGAAAAUUGCCACUAAUAAAAUAUAUUUUCAUAU